AUGACAGACAAGCUUCCGCCAAACCUCCUCGCGCUCUUCGCGCCUCGUCCUCCCUUACGCUAUAUUCCACCAACAGAUCGCGCUCCCGAGGACAAAGAACCAAGUAACAUCACUGGAGUUGCGCAGUUUGUUGACGAGCUGAAGAAGUAUGGCGAGGAGGUGCCUUACAAUGCUACUGAAAGCUGGCUUCAACGCAAGGCGAGGUUGAAGGAGGAAAGGAAAGCUAAGCUCGAAAAGCUUCUCACUGAAGGUAUCAAGGAAUAUAACCCCAACAAUGACCCCCAAGUUCGUGGGGACGCUUUUAAGACGCUUUUCGUAUCGCGACUGAGCUACGACGUGGUUGAAGCUGAUUUGGAACGCGAAUUUGGUCGUUUCGGCCCCAUCGAGCGGAUUCGCAUUGUCGUAGAUACUCAUAAUCCAAAGAAAAAUCCCAAGAAACCCCACAGAGGUUAUGCGUUUAUCGUCUACGAACGCGAGAAGGACAUGAAGGCGGCCUACAAAGAGACAGAUGGUAUCCGUAUUAAAGACCGCCGCGUUUUAGUCGAUGUUGAACGCGGGCGUACUGUGAAAGGUUGGAAACCACGCCGGUUUGGUGGUGGGCUGGGUGGACGAGGCUAUACGAAAUCCAUGCCGGCUCGUCCUAUGGGUCCUGGCGCUUUCGCACCUUCUGGUCCAGGUGGAUUCCGUGGCGGCGGAGGGGGCUUCAGUGGGAGAGGUGGCUUUGGGCGUGGGGGAUUCCGUGGUGGUGACCGUGGAUAUGGUGGACGAGGAGGAAUUGGAUUUCAAGGUGGACGCGGUGGAUUCGGUCCACCAAACGGUGCGGGAGGUCAACCACCACCAAAUGCACCUUCUGGACCAAGCGGGGGGCGGGCUGGCGGUGGAACAAAUGGGUAUGAUAAUAGUGGUGGGUAUGGUGAUGGUAGACGAGGCGGCGGCUUUGAUGAUAGAACAGGACAUCGGUCAAGUGGCAGACAUGAUCGGGAACCUCGUGGUGUAACGGGAAGCAAUCGUGAGCCGGUAAGACCUCGUGAUGGAUAUGGUGACCGUGAUCGGGACAGGGACAGGGAUCGGGACCGGGACCGGGGAGAUCGUGGAAGGGAUCGCGGCGAUAGAGACCGUGACCGUGAUCGGGACAGGGAUAGGUAUAGGCGACGGGAUGAUGAGUCUUCCCGGAAACGAUACCACGACGGUGACGACUACGAUGACCCCCGCAGCAAAAGGAGAUACUGA